UUGCGAAGGAAAAGGGAAGAGCCCAAACAGACAAAUCACUCGGAGAUACAAACGGAUAAAUAUAUCACUUUUCCCACGGAGGAAACACCCCUUUAUUUUGAAUUAUAAAUGAUAUCCAUGCCUGAUAUCACUCCGGUACCUUAAUGCUAAAAAAAAUAGCGUCCGUAUUGUGUUUCUGUUUGUUUGUUUAGCUAGCUGCUAUCACGUCGCUAUCUGACUGCAGCCAACUGCUCUCCAAACACACCGCCUUUGUGGCUAUGAGUACGGAUUUACUAUCUGAUUUGGACACUCGUUUCUUCGCUGAUAAUCUCCUGACAAGCGAAGAUUGGGAUGCCUGCCUGUACCAGUGUGAGAGCAUGGAGGAGGGAGAGGACGCCGACUUCAGCCGGGGGUUGAAAUACGAACCAUCGUUUGACAAUGACCUCGUGCUCACCCUCGAUCCUGACAACCCCACGUCGCCAUGGCGACACCUUGACGACAACCUUCUCACAGGAGAAGCGCCCGUGGUAAAAAGUGAAAUGACCAUCACUCAGCCGUUACCCGUGGAAAUGUUGUUCCAGGUGAAAGCAGAGCCUCCCUCUCCGGCAUCCUCGCUCGCGUCCGAAUGCUCCGCGUCGUCUCCAGACCCACAGAUCACCGUUAAGGGGGAAAACCCUCCGACUCCUCCGUACAUGUACGGAGACGUGCUGUCUCCCCCGCUGGGCGCCAUGGAGGUCACCGUGGCAACAACAGCUGUACCCCGACCACAGACGCAGCUUCAGACGCCGAUCCCGGCAGUCGUCGGUGGAAUGCAGACGCAGGCUGCAGUUCUGCCCGGUUCGGCCACAUUAAAGGCCAGCACCAUCCUGAGCACCAAACCUGCCAUCCAGCCCAGACCGGUGUGUGUCACCACCCUCCCCGUCCCCCAGACCCCCGCACCAGCCAAGACCCUCAUACUGCAGGGCCUCCCCUCCAUGGACCAGAGCAGACCUGUUGUCUUGUCUCAGUCUGUCUGUCUUGGCUCGGCUCCGGCCAUCGUAAAGAUGGAGCCCGUCUCUCCGAGCAUCCCCCAGCACUGCGCCAGCCCCACCGCGCCGCCCAGCAGCAAACCCAUCGUCCCGGCGACGACGGCGGCGCUACCCGGCAACAACUCCAACGAUAUCGACAUGAAGGUGCUGAAGCGGCAGCAGAGGAUGAUCAAGAACCGGGAGUCGGCCUGCAUGUCGAGGAAGAAGAAGAAGGAGUACCUGCAGAACCUGGAGGCUCAGCUCCGGGAGGCCCAGCAGGAGAACGAACGCCUCCGCCGGGAGAACCAGACGCUGAGGGAGAGACUGGCCGGGAGAGAGGGCAGCGACUCGGCGAGCAACAAGAGAGCCGUGUGUGUCAUGGCCGUCCUGCUGUUCAUGACGUUCAGCUUCGGACCCGUCAGCAUCACGGACAGGAAGCUGUCGGGCCUACAGGACGGUGCGGUGUCGUAUACGGGACGACGGCUGCUGGAGUUUGAACAACAACAACAACAACAACAACAACAACAACAACAUAAGCAGCAGCAGCAGGCGGCGUCUCGGCCUCCGAGCAGAGUGGAGGACAGAACGGAGACGGAGGAGGACGCGGGAGACGAGGCUGCCGAGGCCUUUCAGUUCAGGAACCUGAGCGAUGUGUUCAGUGACAUGAAGGAUCUGGUGCUGCAGGACAUCGACCGGUACUUCAGCUCCUCAGACUGCAGACAGUUCAACCGCUCCGAGUCUCUCAGGCUGGCAGAUGAGCUGAGGGGCUGGGUCCAUCGGCACCAGAUCGACAGGAAGAAGUCUGGAGGAAAACCAAAAAUCGCCAAGAAGGCCAAAAUCGCCCAGAAAGCCCAGCUGAGGAAGACGAACUUCUCCAGAUAUCUGCCGAUUCAGGCUCACCGCUCCUUGGAAAGCCAGCUGCAGGUGCUUCCUGGUCCCGAGGUCACCUACAGCGACUUCAUGGACGCCAUCGACCGCAGAGAGGACACUUUCUACGUCGUCUCCUUCAGACGGGAUCACCUCCUGUUACCGGCCAUCAGCCACAAUAAGACCAGCCGGCCGAAAAUGUCUCUGGUGAUGCCGGCCAUGUCCGUGAACGAGAGUCUCUAUAACUCCUCUCAGGGUUACGAGAUGAUGAUGCAGGUCGACUGCGAGGUCAUGGACACGCGCAUCGUCCCCAUCAAGUCCUCGGCCGUCCCGCCUUCUCUCCGCGACCCGCCCCCCCCCCCUCCUCCCACCACAACCACCAUCACCACGGCAACCACACCUCGCUGCGAGGGCGCCACCACCAUCACCCCGCGCCCUCCUCUUCGUCGUCUUCCUCCUCCUCUCCGGGUCAGCCUUUACCCGCCCGUCGACGGACAGCUGAAUAUUUAAUCAGCCAAUCAGAAGGGGUCUGAUGAGGCAAGAAGGGAUGAUGAGUUUGAUGGUUAAAGGACAGACAUCUUUUUAAAAA